UGGCUCACUUCGUUUUGUGCACAGCAGCAGCAGCGGCGGCGGCGGCGACAGCGGCAGCAGUGCAGUCGGUCUGCUGGAGCGAGCGGGGCUUGUGGACGCGCACGGCUCGGCCCGGGGACGUCGGUGCUCAGCUGGGCCAUCGCCGCUCUCGCCAUGGAGUUUUUGCUGGGGAACCCGUUCAGCACGCCGGUGGGCCAGCGGAUCGAGUAUGCGACCAGCUCCAGCCUUGAGUCAGAAGACUGGGCCAUCAACAUGGAAAUCUGCGACAUGAUCAACAGCUCAGAGGAAGGACCCAAAGAUGCAGUCAGAGCCAUAAAGAAAAGGAUAGUGGGGAAUAACAACUUCAAGGAGGUCAUACUGACACUUACUGUCCUGGAGACCUGUGUGAAGAACUGUGGCUACAGGUUUCACAUCCUGGUGACCACGCGGGAUUUCACAGAAGGGGUUCUGGUCAGGGCGAUCAUCCCGAGGAACAACCCUCCGCUGGUCGUGCACGACAGAGUGCUCAGCAUCAUACAGGCGUGGGCUGAUGCAUUCCGCAGCUCACCUGACCUGACGGGUGUGGUGUCAGUCUACGAAGACCUUCGAAGGAAAGGGCUCGAGUUCCCCAUGACAGAACUGGACGGUUACUCAUCUGGGCAGGCCCCGAAAAAGACUUUGCCUGGGAAUGGGCCCGCUGUCACUACUCUGCCUGCUGGGCUCCUUUCUUCCAAAGCUCCGCUCAUCCCUCCCCAGACCUCUGAACUAAAAAAGGCCCUCGAGGGAAACAAUGCCUUCACUCCCAGCCAGGUCAAAAGGCUGAAGGCAGAGCUGGGAGUGGUGCGCAGCAACCUGACCAUGAUGUCGGACAUGAUGAGUCAGCUGGAUCCAGUCACGGUAAAACAAGCAGACAUGGAGCUGUUGGAGCAGUUAUACACAGUUUGUAAGGAAAUGCAAGACAGGAUAGUAAAGAUGGUCCCCAGACUCAGUGAGGAGAAGCUGAUUGAAGAGUUACUGGCAACAAAUGAUGAAAUGAACUCCGCCUUCACUCGCUACCACAGGUUUGAAAGACACAUAACAAAUGGUCAAAAUACAACGCAAAAGAGCCACACGUAUGUCAACCUAUCAGAGCUCGAUGUCACGGCUGAGUCUCAGGAGUCAGGAGUGGCGUCAGCAACCAGCGACAGUUUGUCCAGUCAGUUGACAAAACUUAGUACAAGCGAAUCAGAUCACACAUUACCGCAGAAAAUACAUUCCUCAACUCAACAAACACCAAGCGAGGAUGCCGUUGAGGGCCUGGCUCGAGCUAAGGACAGCAGACUACACAACACUGCAACGGACGACAGCCCAGCCUCCACCAACAGCUCCUCACCAAAGUUAGAUUGGAUGAUUAAAAGGGGAAUGAUUCCUAUCAGCCAGUCCAAUGUAAUGGAGGAUAUUGAGAAAUGGCUAGAGCUGGAUGAUGAGUAUGAUGACUUUGAGGACUCCGAUGGUGUGACCAGUGAAGAAUUUGACAAGUUUUUGGCAGGAAGAGCAAAAGCCGCUGACCGCCUCCCGUCACUGAGGGACUCCUCCCAGGACACCAACGACUCAGAGUCUUAAAACUGCACUUAAACCUGCCAAACUAACAAUACUCAUGUAGCUCCCGCGCCAACGGAUUUCUUUUAGAUGACUGGUUGAAUGGCACAUGUGAUAUAUGCGGAAUCGCAACCCAUAUUUAAGGAAGAACUUCAUAACUGUGUAUAUUGCUGUUCUGUACUGUGGAGCAAAUUUGGUUGUUUUUUUUAACUGGUAAAAAUAAUAAUUGAUGAAGAACAGAGGUUUUUAACUUGUCGUUGUUAUGAGGGUUUGUCCAUGUGUGGAAUGCAAACAUUUGCACAUUUUAUAUAGUUACAUUCCUGCUGUUGAAGGAGAGAGGGGAUAUUGUUUCGGAAAACCUUUUCUAACAUAGAUUAUGUAUAAUAUUACUGAUAUAUAUAUAUAUUGUCAGAUACAAUGACAGGUUGCAGAAAACUCCCCUGUCAAAUUGGCAAACUCUGUAAACUUGUAUGUAAGAGAAGCUCUGCUGUUACCUAAGGAAAUUUGAUUUGAUGCUUCAUAUUAUUGGUGUACGGUGAAGGAAAACUGAUACGUUUUUUUUUUCAUGCAACUUUCCCUUGUAAAGAUGUUUUACUUGAAGUUUAAAAAAAAAAUUGUGACAGACUACUGUCUUAUAUUAAACUUAAUGUAUUAACUGGAA